AUGCACCAUCCGCCUAAGCAGCAACAGCAAAACUCCGAGUUUGACCAGACAUGCCCCUUACAGUCUGGUUGCACCUUGGUGAGAUGCUUCCAGUACCAGGAAGGAGCUAGAAAGGACCUCACUGGGAUCUACAAGUCAGACCCAAGAGCACAGCACGUGGAGGAAUGUGUCAUCUGCUCCGUAUUACCAACGAAUCCACUUUCCCAUCAAAGCCUGAGCUCUCAGCCUUGCAGUAAGAUGAGAGAAGUCAAAUCGCCCUCCUUUUCCAACUAUGGGCUGCAGUGGUGCUUCAAGCAGCUAGGAAUGGAAGAGUUUCAGACAUUUAAGGAACGGCUCCUAGAAGAAGCUUCAGAACUGGCGAUGUGCUCUUUUCGGCGGGUUGAAGUGAACAAUGCCGAUGUGGAACACCUAGCCUCGCUCUUGCAUGAGCAUUAUAGAGAAUCUCUUGCCUGGAAAAUAUCUAUUCACAUCUUUGAAAAGAUGAACCUGUCCACACUCUCUGAGAAGGCAAGGAAAGAGAUGAAAAGAUAUUCACUGGCUGAAAUGCCUGAAAAUUCUGCAUCGAUGAAGAAUGACCAAGAACAGAGCGUGAAAGAAGUACCAGGUCAGUAUGGGCAUGGCGGGAACAUGGAAACUUCACAAGCCAAAGAACCAGAUGGUGCCACAGCAGCAGGGCUGAAAGAACAAGGGGACUACAAGACUCACGUGAUGACAACAUUUGCUACGAAGUCGGAUGCACACCAUGGUGUUGACAACUUUGCCUUUGACUGCCCAGAAAUGCAAACAUUGUUUGGUGUGUUUAAUCCAGACGAGAGGGGCUUCCGGCCUCACACUGUGGUUCUGCAUGGGAGGUCGGGAAUCGGGAAGUCAGCUUUGGCCAGAAAGGUCCUGCUGCACUGGGCGCGAGGUGAACUCUACCAGGAAAUGUUCUCCUAUGUCUUCUUCCUCUGUGCCAGAGAACUGCCGUGGAUGAGAGAGGGCAGUUUUGCAGAUCUAAUUUCCAGGGAGUGGCCAGACUCCCAGGGUCCAGUGACGGAGAUCAUGUCCCAACCAGAACGGCUGUUGUUUAUUAUUGAUGGCUUCGAUGACCUGGACUUUGCCUUCAAAGAUGAUGACUUGGGUUUCUGUGAGGACUGGAGGGACAAACAACCCACAUCCAUUCUGAUGCACAGUCUGCUGAAGAAAGUCCUGCUCCCUGAGGCCUCCCUGAUGAUCACCGUCAGAGACACCGGCAUAGAAAAGCUCAACUCCAUGGUCCUGUCACCGCACUACCUGUUAGUCAGGGGCAUCUCCGUGGAGAAAAGGCUGCAGUUGCUUCUUAAGCACAUGAAGAAUGAGCAUCAGAAGACAAAAGUCUUGAAUUCAGUGGUAGACAACUACCCACUGUUGAACGAGUGCCAGGUCCCUGUCUUGGGGUGGCUCAUCUCCGAGGCUCUAAAUCUGCACGAGGCAUCAGGAAAGAGCCUUGCCCCUUCCUGCCAGACCCUCACGGGCUUGUAUGCCACCUUUGUGCUCCACCAGCUCACUCCUCGAGACCCGUCCCAGCACUGCCUCAGCCGGGAAGAGAGAGGCACCUUGAAGAGCCUGUGCCGCAUGGCUGUGCAGGGAGUGUGGAGCAUGAAGUUUGUGUUUUACGGAGAUGACCUGGGUGUUCACAGACUCAGGGAGUCUGAGCUCUCUGCUCUGUUUCACAUGAACAUCCUCCACCAAGACCUCGGCCAAGAGAGGUGCUAUACAUUCCUGCACCCCAGCCUCCAGGAGUUCUGUGCUGCCCUGUACUAUGUUCUAGAAGGACUGGAAACGGAAUGGGAUGCCUACCCUGUGUUCAUGGAGAACAUAAGGAGCUUGGUGGAGCUCAGACAAAUCAGUUCCAAUGCUCACUUGCUCCAGAUGAAGCGUUUCUUAUUUGGCCUCAUGAGCAAAGAGGUGACGGGGGCCCUGGAAGUCCUGCUGGGGUGCCCCGCCCCCCUGGCGGUGAGGCAGGGGCUUCUGGGCUGGAUCUCCCUGCUGGGUCAGCAGCCCGGCACCCCAGCCCCUCUAGACUUCCUGGACUCCUUCCACUGUCUUUUUGAGACUCAAAAUGAAGACUUUGUCUGCUUGGCACUGAACAGCUUCCAAGAGGUAUGGCUUCCAAUGUACCGGCAAAUGGACUUGCUGGUGUCCUCUUUCUGCCUCCAGCGGUGCCAGUAUCUGCAGAAAAUUCGGAUGGACGUCCAGGAGGGCUUCGCAAAGGAUGAGUUUGCUGAGGCACGGCCCCUGAGUCCCCAAGGGAUGCCGGUGAAGACGCUUGCUGAUGAGUGGUGGGCAGAUCUCUGCCUCGUGCUCAGCACCCACCCAAGCCUGCGGCAACUCGAACUGAGUGGCAGCAUCCUGAGUGAACGGGCCAUGAAGACCCUCUGCGCUACACUGAGGCAGCCAACCUGUAAAAUACAGAACCUGACAUUUAAAGGUGCGCAGGUCACCCUUGGUCUUCAUCAUCUCUGGACGACUCUCAUUACCAACCGAAAUAUUAAAUACCUGAGCUUGGAAAGCACCCACCUGAAGGACGAAGAUCUGAUGAUGGCGUGCAAAGCGUUAAGACACCCAAACUGUCUGCUGGAGUCGUUGAGGUUGGACCACUGCGGACUCACCCCCACCUGCUGCAAGGUGAUCUCCCAAAUCCUCGUCACGUCCAUCAGCCUAAAGUCUCUCAGCCUGGCAGGAAGUAAGGUGACGGGCCAGGGCGGGAAGCCCCUCUGUGACGCCCUGGCCACCUCGCAGUGCACCCUGCAGAGGCUGAUACUGGGGAGCUGCGGCCUCACCGCCGCCGACUGCCAGGACCUGGCCUCGGGCCUCACCAGCAACCAGAGUCUGACACACCUGUGCCUGUCGGGCAACAGCCUGGGGAGUGAAGGCGCCAGUCUGCUGUGUCGAGCCAUGAGGUCCCCCAACUGCCGGCUGCAGAGGCUGACACUGAAAGAAUGUAGCCUGGAUGUAGCUGGCUGCGGCUUUCUUGCAUUUGCACUUAUGGGCAACAGACACCUGACACACCUGAGCCUUAGCAUGAACCCCCUGGAAGAUGAUGGGAUGAACCUUCUGUGUGAGGUCAUGUUGGAGCCAUCUUGUCACCUCCAGGACCUGGAACUGGUGAAGUGUCGCCUCACUGCCGCCUGCUGCAAGAACCUGUCCCAUGUGAUCUCAAGGAGCAAACACCUGAAAAGCCUGGACCUUGCCGCCAACGCCCUGGGUGAUCACGGCGUCAUGGCGCUGUGCGAGGGCCUGAAGCACAGGAAGGCUUCUCUGCAGAGGCUUGGGUUGGAGGCAUGUGGGCUAUCCUCAGACUGCUGUGAAGCACUCGCCUCGGCUCUCCUCUGCAGCCGGCGCCUGACCAGCCUAAACCUGAUGCGGAACAAUUUCAGCCUCAUAGGAAUGAUGAAGUUGUGCCCGGUCUUUUCACAACCCACAUCUAACCUACAAAUAAUUGGGCUGUGGAAAUGGCAGUAUCCACCGCAAAUAAGGAAGCUGCUGGACGAAGUGCAGCAACUCAAACCACAGGUUGUCCUUGGGGAUGGUUGGUAUUCUUUCGAUGAAGACGACCGGUACUGGUGGAAAAACUGAAGAUGGGAACCCCCCACCCACGGGCGAUCUGAUGGAGGAGCAC